CGUUGUCCACAACACAAACACGACGACGACGACGAGGAAGAAGAAGAAGAAGAAGAAGAAGAAGAAGAAGAAGGAGAAGAAGGAAACGGGAAGAUGAAGAAGGCAGCGGCUGGCGGAGGCUCGUCGUAGGUUCUAUGCUCCGGUUGAGGACCUCCGAAGAAGAAGAGAGGAGCUGCGAGAUUUCCCAGCUCCGACAGGCGGUGUUUCAAAACAAUGACAGACUCCUCGAUGAGAUGCUCUGCCAAGAAAUCUACAAGAGGGUCAUCAACUGCCGGGGCGGCUGGGGCAUCGCGGGCACGCCGCUGCACGCCGCCGUGUCCAAGGGUCACCUCAGCUGCCUGCAGGUGCUGCUGGCCCACGGCGCCCUGGUCGACUGUGUGGACGUCAAGGCCCAGACGCCGCUGUUCGCGGCCGUUCGUGGGAAAUACCUGGACUGUGUCUUAGCGCUCCUGGGGGCAGGCGCCAGCCCCGACGGCAACUCGUCCAACAACUGCUCCCCUGUGCUCACGGCCGCCCGGGAGGGCGACGCUGGCAUACUGAUGCAACUGCUCAAGCAUGGAGCCGAGGUGAACUCCCGCUCCAAAGUGCUGCUGUGGACGUCCAGCUCCAGGGUGUCGAGCGGCCCGCUGUACCUGGCCGCCGUGUACGGACACAUGGAGUGUUUCAAGCUGCUGCUGCUCUACGGCGCCGACCCGGACUACAACUGCACGGACGUGGCGCUCCUGAGCUCCAUCAAGCAGCCCAAGACUGUGCUGGAGAUGUGCCUCAGGUACGGCUGUGGCGUGGAGUACAUCCAGUUUCUCAUCGACUUCGGCGCAAACGUCUACCUCCCCACGCUGAUCAUCGAGAAGUCCACCAAGCAGAACGAGGCCGUGGAGCUGCUUCUGCAGGAAAGAGGAAACCCAAAAGCGUUGACUUCACAGUGCCGACUCGCCGUCAGACGACACCUCAAACACAUCGACAGGAUCCACUGCAUCGACCAGCUGGAAAUGCCAACAAGUCUCCUGAACUUCCUGCAGUACAAACCUGCCCCAGCCACUGUCCUGUAGCGUAAUGAGCCAGACGCCUGUUUUUGUUUUAGCUAAAUAUUUUGUUUUAAAUACAGUUUAAGGAUCAGCUUUGUUUCUUUUCUUUUUUUUUUUAAGGACUCCUGUACUGUUUGUGUUCUGUUGUGUGUAAAGACUGAUAUGUUAACACAUUAAAUGCGUGUGAGGAUG